GGGUCGGCGUUAGCCUCCGAGCUCUCUUUCAAUGGCGAUGGACUCUUUCUCGGCUUGUCCUCGCCGCCGUCAGCCAUUUCCCGAGCUCCUGCAACCUCACCGCUAGCCUGCCGAUGCACCGGAGACGCUCGCCGUCCGUCGCCGUUUCUUGCAAGAUGCGCCCUCGGAAACUCCGUUCCCAACAAAAGAGACAGCGAACUAAAAACGUUUCUCCUAAACGCUUGCCACUGAAAAUGAAUUUUCAGUCCCAUGUUGAUGAAAGGGAAGAAAUUCAAAAAGUUACCAGGGAUAGUAUCAUAGAUGCUUCUGUGGACACUUUAUCGAGUUCUGUUGCUGAUACCAGUUCCAUUACCAAGACAGACGACACACUAACUUCUGCAGGGGAAAACAUUAUUCCGAUCAAGAAUACUGAUGAAGCUGGAGGACAUGAUGGAGGAAUGCAACAACAUGAUGGAAGAGUCGGGCGACAGAAGUUUCAAAAUGUUCAUCUUGAAGAUCUGAUAGACAUGAUAAAGAAUGCUGAAAACAAUAUUUUGCUUCUUAAUCAAGCUCGUGUUCGUGCAUUGGAGGACCUUGACAAGAUUAUUUCUGAAAAGGAGGCUUUGCAAGCAGAAAUUAAUGCCCUUGAGAUGAAGUUGGCAGAAACUGAUGCACGAAUUAGAGUUGCAGCUCAGGAAAAGAUAAAGGUUGAAUUUCUUGAAAACCAGCUCGAGAAAUUGAAGACUGAAAUGGCUUCAAGGAGUUCAAUUGACAUACAAAAUAUUAGUGAAUAUGAGAAUGCCUUUAAUAUCCAGAAUUCUAAAUUUUUGCAAGCAGAUAUUGAUGCUUCACCACUUGACGAGGACCUUAGUUCCUUAAGGAAAGAAAAUAUGUUACUUAUGAAAGAUAUACAAACUCUUAAGUCUAAACUUAGUUUCCUUGAGCAGACUGAGGAGCGCCUGCUGGUACUAGAGAAAGAAAAAUCUUUACUGGAAGAUGCAAUUGAGGACCUGGAGUUUAGACUUUCAGUUGCUCAGAAAGAUGUUUCAGAACUUACCAAAGUGAAAACUGAAUGUAGAACCUUAUGGGAGAAGGUGGAAAAUUUGCAGGAAUUGCUUGAUAAUGCAACCGAGCAAGCAAAUCAGGCCGUUAAGAUUUUGGAAAAAAAUCAUGAGCUCCGGAGGAAAGUGGAGGAAUUAGAAGCUGCUUUGGAACAUGUAAAUGCAUCAAAAGUAUCUUCUAAUAAGUCUGAACAAUAUAAUGAGCGCUUGCAUCAAAAAAUUAAACUAUUAGAGGAGCGCCUUAAAAUGUCAGAGCAAGAAAUACAGUCUCAUGUCCAGUUGUAUCGAGAAUCAGUUAAAGAAUUUGAAAGUACGCUUAACAAGUUGGAAGAAAGAGACAAGAGAGAAGAUCUUGGACAACCUGCAGAUGACAUGCCUUGGGAGUUCUGGAGUCGUGUGUUACUCUCAAUUGAUGGCUGGCUGCUUGAGAAGAAAAUCUCCUCGGAUGAUGCUAAGUUGCUGAGAGAAAUGGCAUGGAAGAGGGACGGGCGAAUUCGUGAUACUUACUUGGCUUGCAAGGGAAUGCAUGACCAGGAAGCUGUGGGAAUGUUCCUCAAAUUAGUGUCGUCACCGACAAGGCGAGGCUUGAAUAUUGUUCAUAUAGCAGCUGAGAUGGCUCCGGUUGCAAAGGUUGGUGGCCUAGGGGAUGUUGUAUCUGGUCUCAGCAAAGCUCUUCAGAGGAAGGGACAUCUAGUGGAGAUUGUUCUUCCUAAAUAUGAUUGCAUGGAAUAUGAACGUAUUACUGAUUUGAAGGCUCUGGAUGUUGACAUACAGUCCUACUUUGAUGGGCAGUUAUUCAAAAAUAAAAUUUGGGUUGGGACUGUUGAAGGUCUUCCUGUAUAUUUUAUCGAACCACAUCAUCCAGCUAAGUUAUUUUGGAGAGGACAAUUAUAUGGCGAGCAUGAUGAUUUUAAGCGUUUCUCAUUCUUCAGUCGUGCAGCCCUUGAAUUGCUUUAUCAAGCUGGGAAGAGACCUGAUAUAAUCCACUGUCAUGACUGGCAGACAGCUUUUGUUGCACCACUUUACUGGGAGAUAUAUUCGACCAGAGGCCUUAAUUCAGCUAGAAUAUGCUUCACCUGUCACAAUUUUGAGUAUCAGGGAACAACAUCAGCAUCAGAGUUGUCAUCCUGUGGUCUUGAUGUCCACCAUCUAAAGAGACCAGACAGGAUGCAGGACAAUUCAGCCCAUGACAGAAUUAAUCCUACAAAAGGUGCUAUUGUGUACUCUAACAUUGUCACAACCGUAUCACCAACUUAUGCUCAGGAAGUGCGCACUGCAGAGGGUGGACACGGUCUCCAUGAAACGCUGAAUACUCAUGCUAAAAAAUUUGUUGGAAUUCUAAAUGGAAUUGAUACAGAUGCGUGGAAUCCUUCUACUGAUGAUUUUCUUAGGUUCCAGUAUAAUGCUGAUGAUCUCAAGGGUAAAGCAGACAAUAAAGAUUCUUUAAGAAAGCUACUUAAGCUGUCUUCUUCUGAACCUUCCCAACCAAUGGUUGGUUGCAUCACAAGGCUGGUACCCCAGAAGGGUGUGCAUCUAAUUAGGCAUGCAAUAUAUCGAACAUUGGAGCUGGGAGGACAAUUUUUACUCCUAGGUUCAAGUCCAGUGCCACACAUCCAGAGAGAAUUUGAGGGCAUUGCUAAACAAUUUCAGAGCCAUCCUGAUGUCCGAUUGUUGCUGAAGUAUGAUGAAGCUCUUUCGCACUCAAUCUAUGCAGCUUGUGAUAUGUUCAUCGUUCCAUCAAUUUUUGAGCCAUGCGGUCUUACUCAGAUGAUAGCUAUGAGAUAUGGCGCUGUUCCCAUUGUGAGAAGAACUGGUGGUUUGAAUGACACUGUUUUUGACGUUGAUGAUGAUACAAUUCCUUUCCAAUACCGCAAUGGCUUCACAUUUUUGACACCGAAUGAGGAGGGAUUAAAUGGUGCAAUGGAACGAGCAUUCGACUGCUAUAAGAACAGGUCUGAAAUCUGGCAACAAUUUGUCCAGAAGGUAAUGAGAAUAGAUUUCAGUUGGGAUUCUUCAGCUGAACAGUAUGAAGAAUUAUAUCAGAAGGCUGUAGCUAGAGCAAGGGCAGCUGCAACUCGUGUAUAAAUUGUUACAUUUCUCUGCACCAUACUAAGAAUUCAACAUAAGCAAAUGUCUGCUUCUUACCGUUAAAGAUGGGUUGCAUCAGGACUGUAGCUACCGAUUUUUGACGGAUGGCUUCAGCUGAAAUUUUCUUUGAGAGGUACAGAUACUAGUUAGCUACUUUCUAGAUAAGAAUGUUAAAAAAGGAAUUAUAGAUACAAAUACUUGAUUUUAGUAAUGAAAGUUUCCAUUCAUUCAUUUGUACAGAAUAUCCUCUACCUGUAAACAAUAAAAAAUAAUCUCACUGUUGAAAGAUGGAUUACAUUGUACAACGGUUAUGUACAAUUUCCGCA